CUCUUCCGCUUCUCACCCCCAACCAGGCCAUCGACCAUCAGCGCACUAUUCAAUCUACAUCGCUGAUCGACUUUUUGUCUCGUCAAGAUGGUUCUCGCGGUCGAUCUCCUUAACCCCACCCCUCAGGCUGAGGCCCGCAAGCACAAGCUUAAGACCCUUGUGCCUGCUCCCCGCUCCUUCUUCAUGGACGUCAAGUGCCCCGGCUGCUUCACCAUCACCACUGUCUUCUCCCACGCCCAGACCGUCGUCAUCUGCGCUGGCUGCUCGACCGUCCUCUGCCAGCCCACCGGUGGCAAGGCCAGACUCACCGAGGGAUGCUCUUUCCGCCGCAAGUAAAUGUCUUCAUAACGAACGCAACCGGACCUAGGGGAGCGACGAGAUGAAAAAAUAUGUGGCGUUUUUCCCAUUCGACAAUGGUUUUUUAAUUCUGUGAACAGCAUAUGCAGAUAGAAGAUGGAAUGAAUCCUCGCCCCCGUUUGCGAGAACCCAAAAAAAUAUAAAAAAAAGAACAUAUCCCACAGAUCCUACAAUUUUUUUUCUCCUCGAAGGAACACACAAAAAUCAAUCUUCACGCGUCAAAAGGGGGAGUUCCGGAUAUCUGACGAUG